GGCCGCAUGGCGAUAGAGCGGCGCCGCGAGGCGGGCGGCGGGGGCCGGCCGCUGCCCGAGGAGAACGGCUCCGUGCCGGGCGCCGCCGCUCCCCCCCCGGGGCCGCCCCCCGCCGGGGCCGCCGAGAUCCAGGCGGUGCCGCCGCCCGCCGCCGCUUGUAGCCCUCUGCUGCUCGACUACGACGGCUCGGUGCUGCCCUUCCUCGGGGGGCUGGGCGGCGGGUACCAGCGCACCCUGGUGCUGCUCACCUGGGUGCCGGCCCUCUUCAUCGGCUUCAGCAAGUUCUCGGACUCUUUCCUGCUGGAUCAGCCGGACUUCUGGUGCCAGCAGGCCGACGGGCAGGGCAACUGGAGCGUGGCUGCCGGCCACGGCAACCGCAGCGGCAACGGCAGCAUCUUCCCCCCGGCCGCUCUGCCCACCCCCGUUGCGGGAAACGCCAGCGAGUGCGAUUGCCACGAGUGGCACUACCGCAUCCGGGCCGGCCUCGUCCAGAACGUCGUCAGCAAGUGGGAUCUUGUUUGUGAUUCUGCCUGGAAAGUCCACAUUGCAAAAUUCUCCCUACUUGUAGGAUUAAUCUUCGGCCACUUGAUAACAGGAUGUAUAGCUGACUGGGUUGGUCGACGGCCCAUACUGCUCUUCUCUGUCAUAUUCAUUUUGAUAUUUGGACUGUCUGUGGCACUCUCAGUGAAUGUGACAAUGUUCAGCACACUCAGGUUUUUUGAGGGGUUUUGCCUGGCUGGAAUAGUCCUCUCCCUGUACGCACUGCGGAUAGAGCUCUGCCCUCCUUCACACCGGUUCAUGAUCACCAUGGUGGCGAGCUUCAUUGAGAUGGCAGGACAGUUCCUGAUGCCUGGGCUGGCUGCUCUCUGCAGGGACUGGCAGGUCCUCCAAGCCGUCAUCAUCUGUCCCUUCCUGCUGAUGCUGCUCUACUGGGUUAUUUUCCCAGAGUCUCUACGGUGGCUGAUGGCUACGCAGCAGUUUGAGGCAUCCAAGGAACUUAUCCUGCAGCUCACUCGCAAGAACAGGAUGAACACGGAAAGCGACAUCAAAGGAGUGGUGCCUGGACAUAGGAUGGAUGAAUCAGUGCAUAGGAUGGACGAUGCUGUGGGAAUGAAGCUGUUGUCUGUUCCUCAUUUGUUGCAGAAUUUGGAAGAGCUGGAAAAGGAGAUCACUAGGAGAUCGAAGAAAGUCUGCAUUAUCAAAGUGGUGGGAACCAGGAACCUGUGGAAAAACAUUGUGGUAUUGUGUGUGAACUCGCUGACUGGCUACGGCAUUCACCACUGUUUUGCAAAAAGCAUGAUGGGGCACGAAGCGAAGAUGACGAUUACCCAGAACUUCUAUGCAGACUACUAUACCAUGGCUGGGAUUGCGCUGGCAUCCUGCCUGGCCAUGUGCCCCGUGGUUGGGUUCCUGGGGAGGAGAGGAGGCCUCCUGCUCUUCAUGAUCCUUACAGCUCUGGCAUCGCUUCUUCAGCUGGGCCUUCUGAACUUGAUUGGAAAAUACAGUCAACUUCCAGACUCAGGUAUGAGUGACAGUGUCAAAGACAAGUUCUCCACCGCAUUUUCCAUUGUGGGGAUGUUUUCUUCGCAUGCUGUUGGAAGUCUCAGCGUAUUCUUCUGUGCUGAAAUCACACCCACAGUAAUAAGGGGCGGAGGGCUGGGGCUGGUCCUGGCCAGUGCGGGUUUUGGCCGCCUGACCGCCCCCAUCAUGGAGCUGCACAACCAGAAAGGCUACUUCCUGCACCACGUCAUCUUUGCCUGCUGUACGCUCAUCUGCAUCAUCUGCAUCCUGCUGCUGCCGGAGAGCAAGAAUCAGAACCUGCCUGAGAACAUCCCAGAUGGGGAGCACUACACCAGGCAGCCCCUCCUGCCUCACAAGAAGGGCGAGCAGCCCCUGCUCCUGACAAACUCUGAACUCAAGGACUACUCGGGCCUUCACGACUCAGCAACUGUGAGCGAUGGCAUCUCUGAGAACACCACUGCCAACGGGAUGAAGUCUAUGUAACUGGGUGGAUUUUCUCCUUUUCUUUGUUUGUUUGUUUGUUUCUUUGGUGUUUGUUUUGUCUUUUUUUUUUUUUUCCCCUUCUCCCCUUCCUUUUGUAUUUUAUUUGAUGCUGUUGUGCAGGAGGAACAGCACUUUGGGCAAAGGUGUUUUGCACAGGUUUUACAAACCAGUGAUGGAGCAGAUGCAGACUUGGGGGAAUUCAACUCUGUUGCUGAAGCAACUUGUAGGAAUCAGCUGUUGUGCAGAUCGCUCUUGAAAAAAUUAUGGGGGAAAAUACUCAUCUGAGAAAAGACCUGGCUGGAGGUAGCCCUUCAGAACUCUUUUUUCCUGCCAUUAAAUAUGUAUAUUUAUUUUGAUUUAUUCUCAAGAAGCACUUUAUUUCCUUUUCCUUUCAUAGAUCACAAAAAUGAAGCCAUCUUAUUGUAAGAGGUGCAGCCAUUCCAAGAAAGAAACCAUGGGGGGGGAGGUUGUUUUUUGUUUUGUUUUUGUGUUCCUUUAAAGGAAGGAGGUAUCCCUGCAAAGUUGAAUCGACUGAAACUUUGACUUGUGCAACAUUCUUCUGCCUGUGUAGAAAGGCAAAGUGCCCAGGUUGCCUGCUGUGUUUGUAUACACCAAAAAAAAAAAAAAAAAGAAGAAACAAAGCAAAACCUGUUGUGACUCAAAUUCUGACUGCAUUUUAGGCAGCUUGUAGGUUUUUUUAUAGCCCAUGUGCAUUUAAAAGUUACUUUCUAAAUUAGUAUGGGUUGUUUUUUUU